AUGGCGGAUUCCUUCUAUGAUCUCGGUAGCUACCAGGUCGCCAUCACAAGCACCUCGGAGAACGCCCAGCUGUGGUUCAAUCGCGGCCUUAUCCUCUGCUAUGGAUUCAAUCACCAGGAAGCCUACGAGUGCUUCAAGUUUGCGCUCGAUGCGGACCCCGACUGCGCUAUAGCCCACUGGGGCAAGGCCUACGUGCUCGGCUGCAAUUACAACAAGCCCUGGGAAGCGUUCGACCCGGAAGACGCCGCGCGUUCCGUCCGCGAGGCCUUUAAAGCGACGCAGGAGGCCACGAAGCGCAAAGAAGGAACGUUGCCCUUUGAACGCGCGCUGAUCGACGCCUUGCCUUCUCGCUAUCAGUCCGAGGGACCCGCGGGCGACAUGGCGCAGUGGGUCAACGACUUUGCCAACGCCAUGCGGAAAGCCUACGCCCAGGUGCCGGAAAGUCUCGAAGUCGCCGCUAUUUUCGCCGAGGCCAUGAUGAACCGGACGCCGUGGCAGCUGUGGGACAUCAAGUCCGGGAACGCUGCGCCCGGGGCUGAUACGACGGAAAUUCUCCGCGUGCUGGAGACGGCCUUGGAAAUGUCCGCCCACCCCGAGCGCGGGCUCCCCGCUGCCAAUGCGCUGCGGAAGCUCGUUCCGGACGCGGGCCACCUAAACCACAUGCCCAGCCACAUCGACGUGCUGGUAGGGGACUACGAGGCGGCGAUCGACGCCAACACGGCGGGCAUCGAGGCGGAUACCAAGUUCCUCGCAAAGAGGGGCCCGCACAACUUUUACACGCUCUACCGGUGCCAUAACUAUCACUUCAAGAUUUACGGCGCCAUGUUCGCCGGUCGGUACCAAGCCGCCAUAGACACCGCCGAACAGAUGAUUGAGACUCUGCCGGAGGAGCUUCUCCGAGUGGAAUCGCCCCCGAUGGCGGACUGGCUCGAGUCCUUCGUCUCAGUCAAGCAACACGUCCUGGUUCGGUUCGGUCGCUGGCACGACAUCAUCGGCCAAGCUUUACCAAGCGACGGGACCCUCUUCUGUGUCACAACCGCCAUGAUUUGGUACGCCAAGGCCGUCGCUCACGGCGUCCUGGGCGACCUUGCCGAAGCGAAAAGAUGCGCGGCCGAAUUUGACAAUGCUGUCGCCAGGGUGCCGGAAAGUCGAACUCUAUUUAACAAUAAAUGCGUCGACAUCCUCGCGGUCGCGCGUGAGAUGAUGCUGGGCGAGAUAACCUACCGCGAGACCGAGUAUGCCCGCGCGUUUGAGCACCUGCGCAGCGCCGUGGCCCUCGACGACGCGCUCCCCUACGAUGAGCCGUGGGGUUGGAUGCAGCCGGCCCGCCACGCGCUGGGAGCGCUGCUCCUGGAGCAAGGACACAUGGAGGAGUCGAUGGUGGUGUACGAAACGGACCUCGGGCUAAACGGGGUGCUUCCCCGCCCGUGCCAGCAUCCGAACAACAUCUGGAGUUUGAAGGGCUACCAGGAGUGUCUGCGACGAUCUGGACGUGCGGAGGAAAGUGAACAGGUGGCGCAGAAGAUUGGAAGCUUGGAAAGCGGGUGCGAUGUGGCCAUACAGUUUUCCUGCUACUGCCGCAAGCAAUAA